CUGAACAUAUCAACUAGCAGUGAAGUACUUACAAUAACCUUCUCCUGGACGGACUCUCUGGUUUUCGACCCUUUGCAGAAGGAAAGCGGAUCAACUCUUGUAACAUGAGCUCGGUGGCUGUGUUGACUCAGGAGAGUUUUGCUGAGCACCGUAGUGGGCUGAAGGAUACAGAGAUUACAGGAGGCAUCCAUGAGAAUGAGGCAUAUAUUCCUACCUACCUAGAGGCCUUUCCUCCACUGCCAGAGAAAGGUGCUCCAGGGGAGAAAUCAGGAGGGACAGUGGGUGCCUGGGGCAGGAUUCGACCCAUCAGAGCCUCCGUCAUUACACAGGUGUUUAAUGUUCCACUCGAGGAACGACGCUAUAAGGACAACAGCCAGUUUGGUGAAGGUGAGGAGGCUAAGGUGUGCUUAGACAUCAUGCACAAGACUGGAGCUCAUAUUGAACUCUCACUUGCUAAGGACCAAGGACUUUCCAUCAUGGUAACAGGAAAGCACGACUCAAUCAUGAAGGCACGGAAAGAAAUUGUGGCUCGGCUUCAGACUCAGGCCUCAGCCACAGUUGUCAUUCAGAAGGAGCAUCAUCGCUUUGUGAUUGGGAAAAAUGGAGAGAAACUACAAGAGUUAGAACUGAAAACAGCUACAAAAAUUGCCAUUCCCCGUCCAGAUGACCCCAGUGCCAACAUACGCAUUACAGGCACCAAAGAGGGCAUCGAGAAAGCCAGGCAUGAGAUCCUUCUUAUCUCUGCAGAGCAGGACAAGCGUGCAGUUGAGCGACUUUCUUUAGAAAAAGCCUUUCAUCCAUUCAUUGCUGGUGCUUACAACCGACUGGUGCAAGACCUAAACCAGGAGACUGGUGCUCGUAUUAGCAUCCCACCGCCCAGUCUACUUAAGGAUGAGAUUGUCAUUACCGGGGAGAAGGAGGCGGUUGCUAUGGCGAUUGCCCGCAUUCGUGCCAUCUAUGAGGAAAAGAAACGGAUAACAACUACUAUCUCAGUAGAAGUGAGAAAGUCACAGCAUAAGUACAUAAUUGGGCCAAAGGGCAACAGUCUGCAGGAGAUCAUGGAGAGCACUGGAGUAUCAGUAGAGAUGCCACCACUGGACUCCAGUUCUGAGACUAUCAUUCUUAGAGGAGAGCCAGACAAACUGGGUCCUGCCCUCACCCAGGUAUAUGCCAAGGCUAAAAGUGCAAUUGCAGCAGAAGUAACUGCACCAGCUUGGCUUCAUCGAUUCAUCAUAGGCAAGAAAGGACAAAACAUCAGUCGAAUAACACAGCAGCUCCCUCGGGUGCACAUAGAGUUUACAGAUGGAGAGGAGCGGAUUUGUCUGGAAGGCCCGACAGAGGAGGUGGAACAAGCUCAAGCUCAGAUACAGGAGAUUGUUAAAGAUCUGAUGUCAAAGAUGGACUACACUGAGAUUAAUAUUGACCAGCGUUUUCACAGACACCUCAUUGGCAAGAAUGGAGCCAACAUAAAUCGUAUCAAGGAGCAGUACAAAGUUUUGGUACGCAUUCCUCAGGAUUCGGACCAGUGUGGGCUGGUUCGCAUUGAGGGUGACCCUCAGGGAGUGCAGAUGGCUCGCAGGGAACUGGUGGACAUGGCCCAGCGUAUGGAAAACGAGCGCACCAAAGACCUGAUUAUAGAGCAGAAGUUUCAUCGUAUCAUUAUCGGACAAAAGGGAGAAAAGAUCAAAGAAGUGCGUGACAAGUUUCCAGAGGUCAUUAUCACCUUUCCUGACCAAUCUCAGAAGAGUAACACAGUGCAGCUCCGUGGACCAAAGAUCGAGGUGGAGAAAUGUGCAAAGUUUUUACAGAAACUCCUGCUUGAACUGGUUGAGAACAGCUACUCGAUAUCUCUUCCUAUAUUUAAGCAGUUUCACAAAAAUAUAAUUGGAAAAGGAGGUGCUAACAUCAAAAAGAUCCGUGAAGAAACCAACACAAAGAUCGAUCUUCCCACAGAAAACAGUGACUCAGAGAUGAUUGUGAUCACUGGCAAGAAGAGUAACUGUGAGGCAGCACGGGAACGUAUACUUGCCAUCCAGAGAGACCUGGCAAAUCUGAAAGAAACAGAGGUGACCAUUCCAGCCAAGUUGCAUAACUCUCUGAUCGGAUCAAAGGGGUGUUUGGUGCGAUCGGUAAUGGAGGAGUGCGGGGGUGUUCACAUUCACUUCCCUGCUGAAGGAUCAGGGGUGGACAAGGUUACCAUCCGUGGUCCUGCAGGAGAGGUGGAGAAAGCCAGAAAUCAGCUACUGCAGCUUGCCGAAGAGAAGCAAGUCAACAACUUUACAGUUGAGCUUCAGGCUAAACCAGAGUACCACAAAUUCCUGAUUGGCAAAGGAGGAGCAAAAAUUCGGCGGGUUCGAGACCGGACUGGAGCUCGCAUCAUCUUCCCCUCGACUGGCGAACCACAGCUGGACCGAAUCACCAUUGUGGGCAAAGAGGCGGCAGUUCUGCUUGCACAGAAAGAGCUGGAAACACUUAUCAAGAACCUGGAUGAUGUGAUUGAAGACAGUAUGUUUGUGGACCCUCGACAUCACCGUCACUUUGUCUGUCGGCGAGGCCAGGUGCUGAGAGAGCUAGCUGAGGAGUAUGGUGGCGUUGCAGUUAGCUUCCCUCGCACAGGCACAUAUAAUAGCAGUGUCACUUUAAAAGGGGCAAAGGAGUGUGUGGAUGCUGCGAAGAAGCGAAUUCAGGAGAUCAUUCAGGAUCUGGAGUCUCAGGUGAGUGUGGAGGUGGUAAUCCCACAGCGCUUCCACAGAGCCAUAAUGGGGCCCAAAGGUUGCAGGAUCCAGCAGAUCACCCGAGAGCAUGAGGUCCAGAUCAAAUUCCCUGAGAGAGAGGACUCCACAGCUCAAGAAGCGUGUCCUGUGGAGAAUGACGACACUCACCUUGAGAAAUCUGGGCCUCGAAAAUGUGACAUAAUCACUGUGACUGGUCGGGCAGAGAAGUGUGAACUGGCACAGGCAGCCUUGCUAGCUCUGCUUCCUGUGACGAUUGAUGUAGAGGUGCCAUUUGACCUGCACCGUUACAUCAUUCGGCAAAAAGGAACUGGCAUAAGAAAGAUGAUGGAGGACUAUGAGAUGAAUGUAAUGCCUGGUGCUGUGCAGGUAAACAUCUGGGUUCCUCAGCAAGAACAGCAGUCAGAUGUGAUAAAGAUAAUGGGGCAGGAGGCUAAUGUGGAGAGAGCAAAGCAAGCUCUUCAAUCCAGAGUCAAAGAGCUGCAGGCUGAACAGGAGGAUCGGGCUUUACGGAGUUACAAGGUGUCACUAUCAGUUGACCCAAAAUAUCAUCCCAAAAUCAUUGGUCGAAAAGGUGCUGUGAUCUCCCAGAUUCGUAGAGAUUAUGAUGUCAGUGUGCAGUUCCCUGAUAAGGCUGAUGAGCAGCAGGAUGCAAUAGUGAUCUGGGGUUAUGAGCAAAAUGUAGAGGAGGCAAAGGCAGCUAUAGGGCAGAUUGUAGCAGAGCUACAGGAGAUGGUGAGUGAGGACGUCUGCCUGGAUCACCGGGUCCAUGCACGCAUCAUCGGAGCUCGCGGUAAAGCUAUUCGCAAAGUCAUGGAGGAGUUUAAAGUUGAUGUUAGGUUUCCUCAGCCAGGCUCAGACGAUCCAGACAAAGUGUCAGUUACAGGACUGCCAGAGAAUGUGGACAAAGCCAUCGACCAACUCCUCAACCUGGAGGAGGAAUAUAUGUUGAGUGUGACUGAAACAGAAACUCUGGCAGCCUACAUGAAGCCUCCCUCUCGAGUUGUAGGAGCAGGAGGAAGAGGUGAUGAGGAGAGCAGAGGCAUAAUUAAAGGCUUUGUUGUCAAAGAUGCCCCAUGGAACGUCUCAGGCGGAAAGGCCCCCGACAUGAGCAGCGCUGAGGACUUCCCUACAUUUGGCUCUGGAGUAACACAGAAACAGAUGUCUGCCUGGGGACCCAAAAAAUUCAGAGAGUGAGAUGUGACAUUCUUACCUGGGAAGACACUUUUUUGUCUUAUCCUUGGUCUUGUAAAUGUUAAAGAAGAAAUUUUAAGUUUCCUAUGACUUACCCUCAUCCAAGACCUCCUCCCAGAGGUGAAAUUUCCCCCCUUUUUUUACCCAUUCUUUUUACAUGGCACGGGCAGCUAACUGAUUAAAUUCACUUAAUAUGCACUUAAUAAGACUGUCUUACUUUCAGUCAGAAAACAAGGACUUAUU